AUUCUCAUUUGAGAUUCUCAGGCAGCUGGAUCCAGAUCUCUGUGCAAACAUUCAACAAUGCUUAAGAAAGAAGUCAAGCCGUACUGGAAUUUGUCAGUCAAAAUCUUAUAUGCGAAGUUCCAUCAGUCCUAUGACUACGUGUCUUCAUCUGACUGCUAUGUCAUCCUAAACUUACCCACGGCAUCGGCCCGUACAAAUCGCACCAAGACUAUCUCAAAUAGCGAGAAACCUGAAUGGAAUGAAACUUUCACAUUCAGGGUGCACAGCAACAUCAAGAACAUUCUGGAGAUCUUGAUCUAUGAUGAGGAUCCAUUAAUGAGGGACGACCAUUGUGCCACUAUCCUAUUUGACAUCAAUAACCUCACACCUGGGAAAAAGGAGACCAAAUGCUUUAUAAUAAAUGAUAAGACCAAGGAUGAACUGUGGGUAGAGUUUGAGAUCACUAAGAGCUCUGAAACACCAAGCCCAUAUUUCUCUAAUGGAGUUUUGGUGGCAGGUCCUUUUUGUGAACUGAAUGUGGAGAUAGACAAGCUUCUAAAGAAGACUGAAGCAAUGCAGAACAUGGUUUUAAAACUGAAAGGGGCCUACAAAGAGGAUUUUGUGAUCUCAAAUUCUGAGGAAAGCUCUAGCUUCCUGAAAACGUUACGUUACUACAUCAACCGAGACCUGGAAACUGAACUCAAUCUGACCUCUGAGAGUAUUCCAGAAAAUGUUGGGACAGUAGUAGUGGAUGCUGCUGUUUCAGACCCUGUAGACACUGGAUUGAUCUCUAUCCCUUUAAAACCAUUACCAUCCAAACAACAGAUUACGGUCUCUUUGCCUCUGGGAGAGAAUAAAGUUGAUCUGCAACUGAAAACGGAUGAUCGCUCCCAUGAAGAGAUGGAUGUGCGCCUGGAUUUUGAUAUCCCAGUGGAAGAAAAGAAUUUUCUGGUGAAGAGAAAAAAAGUUGUGUCAAAGGCUCUACAGAAAGCUCUGAAUCUCAGCUCUGCACCUGAGCCCAGCAAGGUCCCAUUGGUGGCUGUGGUGUGUUCUGGCGGUGGGACCAGAGCGAUGUGUGGCACAUUUGGAGGCCUAAGAGCUCUGCAGAAACUCCAGCUUCUUGAUACAGUCAGCUACAUCACAGGGAUUUCUGGCUCCACCUGGACUAUGGCUUCUCUUUAUGGUGAUGCUAACUGGUCAAACAAUGACCUAAAUGGGGUUAUGGAGUCUGUAAAGAAGGAGAUCUCUAAAAGUGUGUUCAGUAUAUUUUCCCUUGAGCAGCUGCGGCACUACAAAGAGAAGAUGGAAGAGAGAGAGAAAGAAGGACACCUAGUAUCUCUUGUCGAUAUGUGGGGUCUGGCUAUAGAAUACCUCAUCCAAGGGAAGAAACAAAUGGGAACACUAUCUGACCAGCAGAUGGCACUAUCAAAGGGCCAGAACCCUCUUCCCAUCUACACAGCUCUCAACAUGAAGAAUGGCAAGACAGGAUGUACCAUAGAGACUGAAUGGUGCGAGUUCACCCCAUAUGAGGUGGGAUUUACCAAGUAUGGUGUCUUCAUACCUGCACAGACAUUUGGGAGUGAAUAUUACCUCGGCCACAUUGUCAAGAAACUCCCAGAAUCUGGAAUUUACACUCUAUUGGGAAUAUGGAGCAGUGUUUUCUCCCUGAGUCUGACUCAGCUUUGGAGUGUUGUCACUGGAGUGAUCCCAUCCUGGGCCAGCAAGAUUGGGGAAGAAGUGAACCAGACGGACACAGAUGACAAACCAUCAACGUCAGACACACUUCAGGUCAGCCCUAUGUCUGAUUUGGCAAAAAAGCUGAGCAACUUUCUGACCUGCCGCCCCAUUAUCAGCCAAGUGUUCAACUUCCUUAGAGGCUUCCACCUGCACAGGAACUACAGUGAGAACUGUGACUUCACCACAUGGAAAGACACGCAUCCAGAUGCCUUCCCAAACUCCCUGACACCAGCAGACGCCACACUUGGCCUGGUGGAUACUGCUUUUGUCAUCAAGUCAGGAUUCCCUCCUGUGUUAUGCUGUAACAGACGUGCGGACGUCAUUCUGUCCCUGAACUACGCUUGGGACCCGGACCACUUCAAGGUUAUUAAGCAAACUCAGGAGUACUGCGCUGAACGCAAGAUUCCGUUUCCAAAGAUCGAUUAUAAGAAGUUGGAGUCCGAGCCGAUUAGGGAAGUUUAUGUGUUUGAGGAUAAAGAGAAUCCAGAUGUUCCCAUAGUGAUCCACUUUCCCUUGGUCAAUGUCUCAUUCAAGCAGUUCAAGUCUCCUGGAGUGAAGAGAGAGGGUAAGGCGGAGCUGGAGGAAGGAGAUUUUGAUAUUGACUUCACUAGUAUGUUCUGUCCAUUCGCCACUCACAACCUUACAUACCAACCUGAGGAUUUCCAGAAGCUGACCAACCUCACCACCUACAACAUUCUGAACAACACAGAUGUCAUUUUAAACACGCUGAACAAAGCACUGAAGAGAAACCUGGAGAGAAUUCCUCUCACAAAGGUGUCAAAAUUCUGAUUUGAUGUUGAGAAGUUAAAGCUGACAGCAGGAGCAACUGGAGAGUGAUUUUUGUCUAUAUUUUACUUCACCCAAAAAUGUCAUCGUUCAUCACCCUCAUAUUGUUCCAAAACUGUGCGAUUUCCUUUUUUUCUGUAGAUCAGUGUUAAUACAAUCUACUCUUAAAAACAAAAGACCAGGAACUGUCAAGCUCACUAAAUGACAUACAGCAUAAUACAAAAGUCCAUAACAGUAGUCCAAAUGAUGCCAUACUUGCCAUUUCCACGUGUUUUGAAGUCAUAAGAUAGCUUUGUCUGAAGGACAG